AUGAGUCCGGACACAAGCAUGCGUCUUUCCAUCACCCUGCCCAAUUCUCCCUCUUUCCAUCACCCCUCCCCAUUCUCCCUCUUUCCAUCACCCCUCCCCAUUCUCCCUCUAUCCAUCACCCCGCCCCAUUCUCCCUCUUUCCAUUACCUCGCCCCAUCCUCCCUCUUUCCAUCAUCCCGCACCAUUCUCCCGCUUUCCAUCACCCUGCACCAUUCUCCCGCUUUCCAUCACCCCGCCCAAUUCUCCCUCUUUCCAUCACCCCUCCCCAUUCUCCCUCUUUCCAUCACCCCUCCCCAUUCUCCCUCUUUCCAUCACCCCUCCCCAUUCUCCCUCUAUCCAUCACCCCGCCCCAUUCUCCCUCUUUCCAUCACAUCGCCCCAUCCUCCCUCUUUCCAUCACCCCGCACCAUUCUCCCGCUUUCCAUCACCCUGCACCAUUCUCCCUCUUUCCAUCACCCCGCCCCAUUCUCCCGCUUUCCAUCACCCCGCUCCAUUCUCCCGCUUUCCAUCACCCCGCCCAAUUUUCCCUCUUUCCAUCACCCCGACCCAUUCUACCUCUUUCCAUCACCCCGCCCCAUUCUCCCCCAAUCCAUCACCCCGCCCCAUUUUCACUCUUUCCAUCACCCCGUCCCAUUCCCAAUUCUCCCUCUUUCCAUCACCCCUCCCCAUUCUCCCUCUUUCCAUCACCCCGCCCCAUUCUCCCGCUUUCCAUCGACCCGCCCCAUUCUCCCGCUUUCCAUCACCCCGCCCCAUUCUCCCGCUUUCCAUCACCCCGCCCCAUUCUCCCUCUUUCCAUCACCCCGCCGUAUUCUCCCUCUUUCCAUCACCCCGCCCCAUUCUCCAGCUUUCCAUCAUCCCGCCCCAUUCUCCCGCUUUCCAUCACCCCGCCCCAUUCUCCCGCUUUCCAUCACCCCGCCCCAUUCUCCCGCUUUCCAUCACCCCGCCCCAUUCUCCCACUUUCCAUCACCCCGCUCUAUUCUCCGGCUUUCCAUCACCCCGCCAAAUUCUCCCUCCUUCCAUCACCCCUCCCCAUUCUCCCUCUUUCCAUCACCCAGCCCCAUUCUCCCGCUUUCCAUCACCCCGCCCCAUUCUCCCUCUUUCCAUCACCCCACCCCAUUCUCCCUCUUUCCAUCACCCCGCCCCAUUCUCUCGCUUUUCAUCACCCCGCCCCAUUCUCUUGCUUUCCAUCACCCCGCCCCAUUCUCCCUCUUUCCAUCACCCCGCCCCAGUCUCCCGCUUUCCAUCACCCCGCUCCAUUUUCCCGCUUUCCAUCACCCCGCCCAAUUCUCCCUCUUUCCAUCACCCCUCCCCAUUCUCCCUCUUUCCAUCACCGCGCCCCAUUCACCCUCUUUCCAUCACCCCGCCCCGUUCUCCCUCUUUCUAUCACCCUGCCCCAUUCCCCCUCUUUCCAUCACCCCACCCCAUUCUCCCUGUUUCCAUCACCCCGCCCCAUUCUCCCUGUUUCCAUCACCCCGCCCCAUUCUCCCGCUUUCCAUCACCCCGCCCCAUUCUCCCACUUUCCAUCACCCCGCCCCAUUCUCCCGCUUUCCAUCACCCCGCCCCGUUCUCCCGGUUUCCAUCACCCCGCCCCAUUCUCCAUCUUUUCAUCACCCCGCCCCGUUCUCCCGUUUUCCAUCACCCCGCCCUAUUCUACCCCUUUCCAUCACCCCGCCCCGUUCUCCCGCUCUCCAUCACCCCGCCUCGUUCUCCCCCUUUCCAUCACCCCUCCCCAGUCUCCCUCUUUCCACCACCCCGCCCCGUUCUCCCUCUUUCCAUCACCCCGCCCCAUUCUCCAGCUUUCCAUCACCCCGCCCCAUUCCCCCGCUUUCCAUCACCCCGCUCCAUUCUCCCGCUUUCCAUCACCCCGCCCCACUCUCCCUCUUUCCAUAGCCCCACCCCAUUCUCCCGCUUUCCACCACCCCACCCCAUUCUCCCGCUUUCGAUCACCCACCCCAUUCUCCCUCUUUCCAUCACUGCGCCCCAUUCUCCCUCUUUCCAUCACCCCGCCCCAUUCUCCCGCUUUCUAUCACCCCGCCCCAUUUUCCCUCUUUCCAUCACCCCGCCCCAUUCUCCCGCUUUCCAUCACCCCGCCCCAUUCUCCCGCUUUCCAUCACCCCGCCCCAUUCUCCCUCUUUCCAUAACCCCGCCCCAUUCUCCCGCUUUCAAUCACCCCGCCCCAUUCUCCCGCUUUCCAUCACCCCGCCCCAUUCUCCAUCCUUCCAUCACCCCGCGCCAUUCUCCCUCUUUCCAUCACCCCGCCCCAUUCUCCCGCUUUCACCCGGCCCCAUUCUCCCUCUUUCCAUCACCCUGCCCCAUUCUCCCUCUUUCCAUCACCCCGCCCCAUUCUCCCGCUUUCCAUCACCCCGCUCUAUUCUCCCGCUUUCCAUCACCCCGCCCAAUUCUCCCUCUUUCCCUCACCCCUCUCCUUUCUCCCUCUUUCCAUCACCCCGCCCCAUUCUCCCUCUUUCCAUCACCCCGCCCCAUUCUCCAUCCUUCCAUCACCCCGCCCUAUUCUCCCUCUUUCCAUCACCCCGCCCCAUUCUCCCGCUUUCACCCGGCCCCAUUCUCCCUCUUUCCAUCACCCUGCCCCAUUCUCCCUCUUUCCAUCACCCCGCCCCAUUCUCCCGCUUUCCAUCACCCCGCCCCAUUCUCCCGCUUUCCAUCACCCCGCUCUAUUCUCCCGCUUUCCAUCACCCCGCCCAAUUCUCCCUCUUUCCCUCACCCCUCUCCUUUCUCCCUCUUUCCAUCACCCCGCCCCAUUCUCCCUCUUUCCAUCACCCCGCCCCAUUCUCCCUCUUUCCAUCACCCCGCACCAUUCUCCCUCUUUCCAUCACCCCGCACCAUUCUCCUGCUUUCCAUCACCCCGUCCCAUUCUCCCGCUUUCCAUCACCCCGCCCAAUUUUCCCUCUUUGCAACACCCCGACCCAUUCUCCCUCUUUCCAUCACCCUGCCCCAUUCUCCCCCAAUCCAUCACCCCUCCCUAUUUUCACUCUUUCCAUCACCCCGUCCCAUUCUCCUGCUUUCCAUCACCCCGCCCCAUUCUCCCUCUUUCCAUCACCCUGCCCCAUUCUCCCCCAAUCCAUCACCCCGCCCCAUUUUCAAUCUUUCCAUCACCCCGUCCCGUUCUCCCGCUUUCCAUCACCCCGCCCCAUUCUCCCGCUUUCCAUCACCCCGCUCCAUUCUCCUGCUUUCCAACACCCCACCCAAUUCUCCCUCUUUCCAUCACCCCUCCCCAUUCUCCCUCUUUCUAUCACCCAGCCCCAUUCUCCCGCUUUCCAUCAGCCCGCCCCAUUCUCCCUGUUUCCAUCACCGCGCCCCAUUCUCCCUCUUUCCAUCACCCCGCCCCAUUCUCUCGCUUUCCAUCACCCCGCCCCAUUCUCCCGUUUUCCAUCACACCGCCCCAUUCUCCCGCUUUCCAUCACCCCGCUCCAUUCUCCCGCUUUCCAUCACCCCGCCCAAUUCUCCCUCUAUCCAUCACCCCUCCCCAUUCUCCCUCUUUCCAUCACCCCGCCCCAUUCUCCCUCUUUCCAUCACCUCGCCCCAUCCUCCCUCUUUCCAUCACCCCGCACCAUUCUCCCGCUUUCCAUCACCCUGCACCAUUCUCCCGCUUUCCAUCACCCCGCCCAAUUCUCCCUCUUUCCAUCACCCCUCCCCAUUCUCCCUCUUUCCAUCACCCCUCCCCAUUCUCCCUCUUUCCAUCACCCCUCCCCAUUCUCCCUCUAUCCAUCUGUUGGUGCAACCCUAUGCCUACUGUGACUAUAACACCAUCACCCCGCCCCAUUCUCCCUCUUUCCAUCACCUCGCCCCAUCCUCCCUCUUUCCAUCACCCCGCACCAUUCUCCCGCUUUCCAUCACCCUGCACCAUUCUCCCUCUUUCCAUCACCCCGCCCCAUUCUCCCGCUUUCCAUCACCCCGCUCCAUUCUCCCGCUUUCCAUCACCCCGCCCAAUUUUCCCUCUUUCCAUCACCCCGACCCAUUCUACCUCUUUCCAUCACCCCGCCCCAUUCACCCCCAAUCCAUCACCCCGCCCCAUUUUCACUCUUUCCAUCACCCCGUCCCAUUGUCCCGCUUUCCAUCACCCCGCCCCAUUCUCCCACUUUCCAUCACCCCGCUCCAUUCUCCCGCUUUCCAUCACCCCGCCCAAUUCUCCCUCUUUCCAUCACCCCUCCCCAUUCUCCCUCUUUCCAUCACCCCGCCCCAUUCUCCCGCUUUCCAUCGACCCGCCCCAUUCUCCCGCUUUCCAUCACCCCGCCCCAUUCUCCCGCUUUCCAUCACCCCGCCCCAUUCUCCCUCUUUCCAUCACCCCGCCGUAUUCUCCCUCUUUCCAUCUCCCCGCCCCAUUCUCCCGCUUUCCAUCACCCCGCCCCAUUCUCCCGCUUUCCAUCACCCCGCCCCAUUCUUCCGCUUCCCAUCAUCCCGCCCCAUUCCCCCGCUUUCCAUCACCCCUCCCUUUUCUCCCUCCUUCCAUCACCCCGCCCCAUUCCCUCGCUUUCCAUCACCCCGCCCCAUUCUCCCGCUUUCCAUCACCCCGCCCCAUUCUCCCGCUUUCCAUCACCCCGCCCCAUUCUCCCUCCUUCCAUCACCCCGCCCCAUUCUCCCGCUUUCCAUCACCCCGCCCCAUUCUCCCUCCUUCCAUCACCCCGCCCCUUUCUCACGCUUUCCAUCACCCCGCCCCAUUCUCCCUCCUUCCAUCACCCCGCCCCAUUCUCCCUCCUUCCAUCAACCCGCCCCAUUCUCCCGCUUUCCAUCACCCCGCCCCAUUCUCCCGCUUCCCAUAACCCCACCCCAUUCUCCCACUUUCCAUCACCCCGCCACAUUCUCCCGCUUUCUAUCACCCCGCCCCACUCUCCCUCCUUCCAUCACCCCGCCCCAUUCUCCCGCUUUCCAUCACCCCCCCCCAUUCUCCCGAUUUCCAUCACCCCGCCCCAUUCUCCCGCUUUCCAUCACCCCGCCCCAUUCUCCCGCUUUCCAUCACCCCGCCCCAUUCUCCCGCUUUCCAUCAUCUCGCCCCAUUCUCCCUCCUUCCAUCACCCCGCCCCAUUCUCCCGCUUUCCAUCAUUCCGCCCCAUUCUCCCUCCUUCCAUCACCCCGCCCCAUUCUCCCUCCUUCCAUCACCCCGCCCCAUUCUCCCGCUUUCCAUCACCCCACCCCAUUCUCCCGCUUCCCAUAA